UGCGGACGUGGUUGUGAACAUUGAUAAACAUUCAGCCAGUUGCAGUGAAGCUGCUGCUGAGUCUGGAGCAUCACAGACUGUGAGUUAAAAGCUUAGCAGGUCGAGCUAGCUAACAAGCUACAGGGACUCUCGCUCGACGUGAAGCAACAGAACAGAGAUGAGGAUGCUCACUAGGACUCCUGAUGGCUUCAACUUCUGCAGAUGAGAGAGCAACGUGGCGUGAAGGUGACAGUUGUCUGGCUCCGAACCCAAAGGAUGGCACCUUGAAAGAGGCCAUUAUCCAGAGACUGACCUCCACCUUACACAGUAAUGACUCUACUGCAUGGGUGAUUUUUACUGACUGUAAUAGAGAUGAAAAAAAGGAAGAAGAGGAGGAGGUGGCCAUACCUGUCUCAAAUCUCAUGCGACCAGACUUGAAUGAAUUCACCCAGGAGAAACCAGUGUUUCCCAGCAUUAUCACAGAGCCCAGGCUCUGUGUCCCGCUAGAGCUGAGUGAUGCUGACGGAGAUCGAGUCCCUUACACCAUCAACAGAUACCUGAGGGAUUACCAGAGGGAAGGUAUCAGGUUCAUUUACAACAACUACACCUGCCCCAGUGGAUGUAUCCUGGGGGAUGACAUGGGACUUGGAAAAACUGUACAGGUCAUUGGUUUUCUUGCUGCUGUGCUGCACAAAACGGGCACAUGGGAGGACACAAAGAAGAACAGGCCUCAGUUUCUGCAGAGUCAGAUCCCCUCCAAGCAAAGUAAACCCAACAAAGUGUUCCUCAUUGUGGCCCCACUGUCAGUGCUUUACAACUGGAAAGAUGAACUGGACGCAUGGGGUCAUUUCCAGUGCGUGGUGGUCCAUGGGCUGAGGAAAGAGGAGGAAUUGGCUCGCAUCAAGAAGGGACGCGUUGAAAUUGCUCUCACCACCUAUGAGACUCUGCGCCUUUGUCUGGAUCAGUUUAAUAACAUAGACUGGUCUGCUGUGGUCGUGGAUGAGGCCCACAAGAUAAAGAAUCCAAGCUCUCAAAUCACUCAGGCCAUGAAGGAGCUGAAAUGUAAGGUCAGAAUUGGUCUCACUGGCACCAUCCUACAGAACAACCUCGAGGAGCUGUGGUGUGUCAUGGACUGGGCUAUACCUCGUUGUCUUGGCAGCCUAGGAAAUUUCAAGAACAAGUUUUCAGAUCCGAUCGAGCAAGGGCAGAGGCACAGUGCAACCAAGCGUGCCCUGGCUACAGCCAGGAAAUCUGUGAGAGCCCUGGUGAGGAAGAUUUCUCAUUGGUUCCUCAGAAGGACUAAAUCUCUCAUCAAAGAUCAACUACCUAAGAAAAAUGACAGGGUGGUGUAUUGCUCUCUGACAGAAUUUCAGCAAACCGUUUAUCAGACAGUGCUGGAUAGUGAAGACGUCAUGUUAAUGCUGAGGUCUUCAGAGAAAUGUGACUGUCAAAGUGGACGCACCCGCAGGAGCUGCUGCUAUGAAAAAAACUCUGAAGGUGUUCCAGUGAGGGACCUAUACUUUAGUUACUUGGCCAUUUUGAGGAAGGUUGCCAACCAUGUCGCGUUGCUUCAGUCACCUGCAGGGACCAGUAAGAAACAGGAAAAGUAUUUGACUACUAUUUGCCAGAAGGUUUUCCAAAAGUUUCCGGACUUUGUGCGAAGCUGCAAAGAUGAAGCGUUUGAGGCAUUGUCGGACCCAAUGUACAGUGGAAAGAUGAAGGUUUUGCAGAAGCUGCUCAAAUAUUAUCUGCAAAAGAGAGAUAAAGUUCUUCUUUUCUCUCUCUCAACUAAGCUGUUGGAUGUGCUGGAGAGCUACUGCAUGGCCGAGGGGCUGGACUACAGCAGAUUGGACGGUACCACCAAGUCCAAAGAGAGACUUCACAUUGUCAAAGAAUUCAACAGCUCCUCUCACACCAACAUCUGCCUGGUUUCCACCAUGGCCGGUGGUCUUGGCCUUAACUUUGUAGGGGCUAAUGUGGUAGUGCUGUUUGACCCCACGUGGAACCCAGCAAAUGACCUUCAGGCUAUUGACAGGGCAUAUCGUAUUGGCCAGUGCAGGGAUGUGACUGUUCUCCGGCUUAUUUCAUUGGGGACUGUGGAGGAGGUUAUCUACCUCAGACAAGUUUACAAACAGCAAUUGCAGUGCUCAGUCGUUGGCAAGGAGAGCUCACGACGGUAUUUCGAGGCAGUGCAGGGGCAUAUUGUCCACAAGGGGGAGCUGUUUGGGCUCAAGAACCUCUUCAGACUGCAGACCCAAGGGACGUGUCUCACCCGCAAGAUACUAGAGAGAGAAGGACAAGUGGAGGCCGGAGUAAUCACGACCAGCACAAACACAGGCGAAGAGAAGGAGGACGGCGGAAAAGGAGUUGGUGAACCUGGAGAUUCUGCAUCUACAAAGGGCCUUGUACCGAACGAUGAACCAGUCAAAGAGAACAGAGAUGCAUUAAAUGUAACCAGAGGGGUGCUGGACUUUAGCAGUGGGAGUGAAGAGGAUGAUGAUGAGCAGAGGUCUAAGAGGAAGGCCUCUAACCCCAGGGCAGUGGAUGGGAGCAGGAGUGGGAAUGCCACCACUGCUCCUGGUCAAAUGAGUCUCAUCCAGCAUGGUUUCUCAAGACUCCUCGAAAGGGUCAAAGGAAGACCAGAGAUGGGCGAAGAUGCCGAAGAAAGCCGCUCUGACACAGACGCUGAGGAUCAUGGGAUAUCCUUGGACGUUUCCAGUGAUUCUGAUGGAGAAGAUGGAGUGAAUGGAGCUGGGGCGAAAAAAAAGAGGGUUUCUCUGUUGAAAGAAAGUGAAUUUAAAGUAAACGGGGGGAGAGAUGUCAACUCAUCUCCAGACAAAAAGGCCAACAAGCUCCAAACAUCAGUUCCCACAGUGCACUGCUUUGAGGGUCACUCUGAUGAAUCUGAGGAUUUCGACCUUGAAGAAAGCACGUGGCCCACGAGGGGCGCGUUCAAUUCACACAGCAGAGGUCGAGGCAGAGGGAGAGGAACUCCUGACUGUAACAGAAAGAGGCAAACUACCAGUGCAAGGAACAAGGCCAGAUCUAAAUACACAGAAGUCAUAGAGACAUUCACAUCUUCAGAGGAGGAACACACGCCCGUUAAGAAAGGGAGGUCCACAGGAGGUCACUUCUUGUCUCCACAGACAGAUCGGUCGAGAGUGGACAUGACGAAAGUCCGAAUGAAAAGUCCACCAUCUGCAGUCUCCAGAAGAAAUGAUGGAAUGAUCGAUAAUGUUCUAGGGGGUGUACAGGAGGUGGUGUAUACCCACUCUAACCAGCGCGUGGUGGGCGGCAGCAGAGCAGAGGAGCUGAUCAGCAGAGCAGCUGUUCGAGACGUGUUUGAACGCAAGAUGUACUCUCAGCUCCCAGCCAAUCAUCUUCUAGACAUCCCGGAGAGCCCGUCACCAAGCCCGCCGGAUAGUCUGCCCCAUCCUGCCACUGUCAGGCCAGAGAAGCCCACCGCGGACCAUCCAGUCAGCUUCACCAGCAAGAGUGUGCAACACACCAGACACACCACCACCAUCGUCGGAGAGACUCCCCAGGCCAUUCGCAGACAGCACAUGGAGGAGAUGGCGGAAAAAUUAAACUUCCCCUCAGUUCAUCAGUUUGCAUUGGAGAUCCUGAGGAGAAACUCAUCCCAGAGACUGGCCUGGCUACGACAGUAUUACACUUCGUUGAACCAUCCCGACCUGGCUAAUGCUGUCACAAAAAACUUCCCACAGUCUGACUUAGCUCAGGCCUCCUCCAUUUCGGGUGCUACGUCCUCAAAAUCUCACACAGAGGGCAGAGCCCGGCAAAGGGAUGUUCCCAAGGCCACAAAAAAGCCUAAAAAGAAUCCGGAUCCCAAAACUAAGCCCGAAAUCCCACUAAACAAUUUUUCUGUGCCACAAAAAAAGGCUCAAAUUCUACAAAACGAUUUUCCAGAUCCCCAGACACACCCGACAAACCCACAAAAUGACGUUCCAGAACCCCAGAAAAAGCAAAAGAUCUCACAACAGAAUGUUGUAGAACCUCUGAGUGAUGUUCCAAGCCCUGAGUCAGAGGAGCAGGAGGAGCCAGUCUGCGGUGCCAGAGGACACAGGAGGACAAAGAGGGGUAGUGUUUCUCGUUCUGGAGCUCACAGAGCCGGUGGUGGUCUUGGCGUGGAUCGGGCCGGCAGCAGUGGUCUGGGGUCUGGGAAGCCUGCUGCUUUCCUGAACCACACAGACAGAGAUACCCCUUCUUCUCCGGACCUCAGCCAUGGCAGGUCCGCUAUGUUAUCCAAACCCACAGCACGGGGAAGGGAGCGAGAGCAGAAAUCGCCGUCCAGGACUAGAGAAACUUUUCAAGGACGGAGAGAAAAUUCUCAGACCCCUUCCCCUCCUGACCAGGCCGCUUCUGCCUCAAGUAAUCGCUCCUUCCUCACAGAUCUGAUAGGAGACACCUCAAUCCUGGAUGAUUUAUUAAAACCCAAACCCAGGAGUGCACAGCAGCGGAGCACCCCAAAAACCCCAAGACCCUUUGGGUCAGUAAUCGCCUCACCUUCUCCAUCCAGAAUCCCUCUCCAUACCGACUCUGGGUCAACAGGCCUCACAGAAUCUCUCCCCUCUCCGAGCUCACACACACCAACGACACACCGGCGCAGCACACCAAAGGGCGGUCGCAAAGACUUCUGGGACAUCCUGCACGAGGGUAACGAGGAGAGCAUCAACAGGUUAACGGAUCCGGCAGAAGUGCAGAGGGUUUGCGUCAACGCCAACUUCUCAGCUAGAAGCAAGUCAAGAGACAAGGAGGGCAAAAGUCUCUGGAAGACUAAUGACAAGUUUCUAUGGAAGAAAUAAAACCGAAACAGAGACAUUUUUAAAAAGAAAAAACAAAGUUCAGAUGUUCUCAACAUAUUAAAUGCUUUUUUUAUUGAAUUGGCGAGUCGCUAACAUGAUGUAAUGUGUUACAUAAUGUGUUAAUAUCUUUGGGAACAUAAAGUUCUGUACAUUUGUUUAAAUGAUAUUCUCUGUUGCUAUAUUUCUAAAUGUUCUACUUAAAACACAGAAAGCAGGUGGAGCAGUAAUUUGAGACAUUUAUGAGAGAGUUGAUCAACUUGAGCCUCGAAAACGGUUGUGAAUUUGUCGUAAAAGUGCCGUAAUCACAGAUUAUUUUCAGGAUCCAUUAAUCGUCUGGACUUUAUGAAUUCCCAGAGCCCAAAAAAUGAUGUCGUCAAAUUGCUUUGUUAUCCAAAGAUAUUUGGUUGAGAAUAAUGCUGAGUGAGAGAGAGAAGCAGUAAAUUGUCACAGUUGAGAAGCUGGAACCAUCAGAUGGUCAUUUGAAAAAUGACAAAAAAAAUUAAAAUGUAUUGUCUUUCAAUCAAACUCCUUGUUUCAGCUCCAAUGUUCGAUAAAAAACCUUACGGUCAUUGUCACUGUGUAAACUGUUGCUGCAUUCGAUCCAGCGCUAAGUGGCUCAUUUGAUGGAAAAACCAACCCGCUGUGGCCACCAGCCAUUAUCGUUAUCGGAUACCGUGAAGACUGUUGGGUGGCCCUGCAGAGAUAUCACUUAGACCUCCUUAAUGGCCGCUAACGUCUCUCUGUCACUGUGAAAAACCCCUCGCCCGCUCCCACCCACUCUCAACCAGAGUGUGCACAUUGUGGUUUUCUCUGCACAGUAAUCUGAUCUGAUCUGUUGCUCGGCUCGGUUGCGCCUCAUACGCCCCAUCAGAGUGGAGGCUGCUGCGCUAUUAGUGACAUAACAACAAGCAGUUGGAGCCAGUGGAGCUGCUGGCAUGUACGGCAACAUUAACACCCGUGCUUUCAUCCGACCUCUCACACUGUCAGUUGACUUUGCUGUAAUGAUGCAUCACUGGGAAAAAAAGGCAAAUGUCUGUGUUUGUAUAUAUAUACAUAUGAAUAUAUAUACAUAUGUAUAUAUAUAAAAGUCAGACUUUUACAUUAAUAUGGAAGUGAAAACGUUUCCUGUGAGUGCGCAUGCGUGUGCUGAACCUGACAGCUGUGUUUGACCUCUUUCAGCUGCUGCGCCGGAGUAAAUCAAACCCCGAAGAGAGCGGCCCUGUGUCAGUGUUGUGUUUUCUCCAGCACAAAUGAGAAAGUGCUGAUAGCCAUCAAUAAACAAGAGAAAGGACUACGUGCCUCGACAGAGCGCGAGGCUUGGUAAACUGUGUGUGUGUGUGUGUGUGUGUGUGUGUGUGUGUGUGUGUGUGUGUGUGUGUGUGUGUGUGUGUGUGUGUGUGUGUGUGUGUGUGUGUGUGUGUGUGUGUGUGUGUGUGUGUGUGUGUGUGUGUGUGUGUGUGUGUAGACCUUGUGGGUGGUAGACCAUGAGAAUCUAAACACACACACACACACUGAGGCCACACAUCACACCUGUUCAAAUCACAGAGGGAGGAGAAUAAAAAGCCCUUUCUCUUAUCCCAACCCCAAACCCUUCCCUCUCUACUUUUCUCUUUCUGUUUCACCCACACAGCUGAGAUUUGCAGAUUCCUAUCUCGCUCUCUCCCUUUUGUAGUCAGAGUGUGGUUCAAGUGAGACAGCAGAGAGGCUUAGUAUUCCACUGACAGUAGAAAAGGCUCCCCAAUUGACUGACAGUGGCUGGAGGCUGCUAAUGGAGGCCAGCUAAAUGGCUCAGUGGCAAACAAAGCUCUCUUAUCCUUAAUGCGUACGAGGGGGGGGAUUCUGCCGAGGAUCUGAAGUGAGACGUACAGCCGCCACGAGUGAUCGCUGACAAUGUCUCGAGUUAGUUGCAUUUUGUUUAAUCGCAUAGUGCGAUUUGCCCCACACCUAGAAAAAGUGACGAGAAAUGCCACCAAAGAGGCCGAUUAUUUUUCCACUUCUUCAAUUAGUGUCUUGUCUCCUUGUGUGAAGGGGGGGGGUUGUUUAUAUUCCCUGCCUCGGGAGCCUGGCCGUGUGUGAUUCUGUUAUAUGUCGGACAGAUGGACACAGCGGCAGAGGGGCGACUCCGGCCCGGUCGGUUUAUUUGCAGACGUCGGACUGUGACACCUAGUUUGAUUUGAUUUGUAAAAAGCUGUAAAUGAGUGGUGACCCCUGCUGACCUGGGCCUCCGAGCUCAGGUCUCCGUACGUUCACUUCGCGUUGUGUUAAGAAGAAGGUCUGCAAACCGCUGCCGAUCGUCAACCCGCUCUUGGUCAAAUGGUUUUAAACAUUAAAGCGCCGGAAAAGUAUUUAUCUGUAAAUAUCUUAUACAUCAGUUUCUACAUCAGAAACAACAAAUGUAAAAGCAAACAAAAAGCAUCUGUUGGUUUGAUUUUGCAGUGAAAUAAAUAUUUUUUAAAAGUUUA